GUCGGAUGGGAAAUAUUCUGCAUAUGCCCAAAUUAAUAUUUAAAUUAGGUUAAGUUGCGACGGCGGUUUUCAUUGGCUGCUAAAAGGAUACAUGGUGCUCUCAAACUCCCAUCAUCCAAUGCUGCAUCCUAUAGCGUCCAUCUUCCACAUUUCUUACCACUGCGAUAAAGAAAAAGCUAUAUUUUGUCGACAUUUUGAUAAUAUAUCUGAAUAGAUAUUGAGAGUCUGUGUAUAUAUAUAUUUCCUCUUUUAUACGGCAUCGUAUUUUUGAGACAAACUAGCAAGAAAACUACGACGAUAGCGUAUUUUUCUGUCUAAAUCUUUUGGUACCAAAACCAAAAUUAUUUCUGAAAAUAGAUUUGUAUAUAUUUGUAAAUAAUUGUUGUACAUAAAACGAGACAUAAAGUAGCCAGCUAAGUUUUUUAUUGACACAGAAUAUAGUCCUUUUGACUGUUACGUCUUAGUGUUUUGUAUUUGCCUGCAGUUGAAGGAAUUUUGUAGUAUUUAAAUUUUUUAACAUAUUUGAUCGAUAUUGUUUCAUACUUAUAUUAUAGAAAUGUUUAACACUAACCUUAAUAAAGUUUUGAGAAGCGUUUUAAUUGCAGGGGAUUCCAACCUGAAGCAGCUUGUACCAAUGUUUGAAUACCCAGUUAGAACACUGUGCAUACCUGGUGCCAAAGUACAGAAUGACCGGAAAGAAUUCUAUUCCCAACUGAUGAGUGCCAUGAAGACAGAAAACCCGGACCAGAUUGUUCUGCAUCUAGGUUCGAAUGAUGUAUUUGGUGAUGUUGAAUCAACUUUGAGAUCUUAUAGAUUCCUGAUAGAGAAUUUGCUGCUGAAAUUUAAAUCGUUGCAAAUAGGUAUUUGUGGCAUACUUCCCCGUGCAGUAAACCACUAUGAGAGUAGUUAUUGGAACAUGUCAGCAUUGCCAAGACUGCAGAGAGAUGUCUUUAAGUUGAAUGCUGGUAUACAGUCUUUAACUUGUGGUUACAGUAGAUGUUUUUUUAUUGAUUAUGCACAGCUCUUUAAACCUGCUGUUCAUCUUGGAAGGGACGGACUUCAUGUAAAUAGAAAUGGAGCUUUUAUUUUGAAGAUGACUAUAGAGAACUAUUUAGCAGAGAGACAAAAGUGUGUUACAUCCGUGACUGCAACCUUAUCUCACGUACAGGUACCUGAUGUAGAAUCUUUGUCACCCAAGAUGACCUAUGCAGAAGUGGUGAGACUACCAGUACCUUCUUCUGAUACAGGAAAGAGACCUUUUGACACGGAUGCUGAACAUCAGAAUUCCUCAAGAACCCCUUCUAAGAGGAAGAGAUUGUCUUCAGCUGGGGCAAGAAGAUCAAAUAAUAAAAGAUCUCACAGAAAACCAAGAGGAACUUAUAAAACAGGAUACAGUUUAAAGAGGAAUGAAAUAGUCCUAGAUGUUACUGAGGAUCUGGCUGUUAUCUUGUCAUCCUCAGUCAUUCAUGGUUUCUAUCAGACUGACACGAAAAAGCAAUCUGUGGAAUCCUUACAAGUGAAGCAAUCAAAGAAAACAGCUGUGACUAAGAAAGAAAAAAAAAGCACUUAUAAUUGUCCUGUUUGUCCAGUAAUAUGCUCCAGAGAAGAUUUUCUGAUAGACCAUGUUAUUUGCUGUCAUGCUAAAAAAGGCAAAACUCACUUAGUCAAAGAUCUUUCUCUUCAGGUACCAAUAACUGAGGAACCUGUAGAGGAGCUUAGGAGUUCCUAUGACGAGAAUGAUAAACACAUAGCAUAUGGUAGUGUAUACAUAGAGGGUUAUGAAGUGGAUUGUAUUAUUCCAUCACAAACAGAGUUUGCAGAGAGUGAUGAAGUGGAGUGUAGUAUUCCAACAACAAUAGAGUUUGCAGAGAGUGAUGAACUGGAGUGUAGUAUUUCAACAAUAGAAUUUGCAGAGAGUGAUGAAGUGGAGUGUAGUAUUCCAACAACAAUAGAUUUUGCAGAGAGUGAGGAAGUGGAGUCUAGUAGUCCCACAAGAAUAGAGUUUGCACUAACAACAGUGAAGGUUUUGGCAAGCAGAUGUUGGAAGAACUUCAAAAGGUUUAUCCUGCAUCUCUGUGGGGAUGUUGAAGAAAAUCCAGGACCUACAAUGGUAGAUCUGAAGUGCAAGUGGGAGCAGUGUACAGAGGACAAGUUCGCUGAUAUUCGUCUAUUAGCCCAGCACGUGAUUUCGCACAUUCAUCCUGGAAUUCUUUGCCAAUGGGAAGAAUGUGUAUAUUGUUGUCCAAAUGAACAAUACAAACUGGAAAUUCAUGUGCUACAACAUAUAUACUUGGAACAGUUUACUUUUCAGUCAAUUGAAGAAUGGGGAAGAGCACUUCCUUCAGGACAGUUUUCAGAGAAUUGUACUGAUCUUCACUUGUGUCCUCCUAAUUUGAAAAUUAAGUUAGGCCUCCCAUUGUUAGAUGAAGAAUUUAGUAUGCCAUCUCAGUACCCGUAUACUGUUAAAGAUCAUCAGCUUUAUGUACUACAAUUACAGACAGAGAAUCCCGAAAAUUAUGAAAGAUUAGUAUCUGCCUUUCAACAAAAGGUUGAAACCAUGAGUGAUACUACAGCGAGUCAAUCUGGAACUGAACCCUCAACUUCUACUAGUGGUAAUACCACAGAGCUGACAAUCCAGGGAAUUGAUCAAUUGGCUGUCUUGAACUCUAACAUGACACGCUCAAGUCAACAGGUUAUUGUCACAAACCGUCCUGAGCUGACAGUUUGUCCAUGUGGCGCAGGAUGGACAAGUAAUCAGCAGCUAAAUGGUGUAACUACAUUUUCCAGAGUACUCACUAUCUAUACAAAAAUAGCACCAGUACAGUGUCAGGUAUAUAGCAGAAGCUGUGCUAAUGAAGAAUCACCAUGUAAAAAAGCCUGGGAUGAAGGAGAUAAAGAAUGUUUACAUGUAGUUACCCGAGAUACUGCAGCUGGAGAUGAAAUUGAUAUGGAGAUCACUCAACCAGAUCCUGCAAAUCCACAACCAGGAACAUAUAACCCAGCUAAGUAA